AUGCCUACCGGAUCCUGCCUCUGCCACAUAGUCAAAUACCAGUACGACGGCGAACCUUCAGCAAAGGCCGUUUGCCACUGCCUAACCUGCCACAAGCUCAGCAGCGGCAGCUCCGCCAACCUGUUGAUUCCAAACACCAAUUUUCGGGUCACAUCGGGAUUCCCUAAAACCUACUCCAUGACCCACGAAAGCGGCAUGAAAUUGACGACGCAUUUUUGCGAGAACUGCGGCAGCCUCUUGUACAAGGUGGGCGAUCGGGAAGAAUUCAAGGGAGCAGUUAUUGUUCUGGCGGGGACGUUAGAUGAUGAGGAGGAGUUCGAGAAGGCGAAGCCUGAGGCGGAGUUUUUUGUGAAGCAUCGGGUUGGGUGGUGGCCGGAGUUAGGGGAUGCGAUGCAGUUAGGGGAGUUUAGUUAG